GGACCGGGCGGGAGGGAGCCAGGUCCCCGCGAUCUUCUCCGACGGCAGCGGCGGCGGCUUAAGCCGGGUGCAGCCCCUGCGCCCCUGCCAGCCGGGAUCCCGCAGGGUGGAGGCUCAGUGCCGGGCGCACGGACAGGAUGGUCAUCUGCGUGUUCAUCGCCUCUUCCUCGGGCUUCGUGGCGAUAAAGAAGAAGCAGCAAGAUGUGGUGAGAUUUCUGGAAGCCAACAAGAUAGAGUUUGAGGAGGUGGAUAUCACAAUGUCAGAAGAGCAGAGGCAAUGGAUGUACAAAAACGUACCCCCGGAAAAGAAGCCCGCGCAGGGCAACCCGCUGCCCCCGCAGAUAUUUAACGGCGACCGAUACUGUGGAGAUUAUGACAGUUUUUUUGAAUCAAAGGAAAGCAACACAGUGUUUUCAUUCUUAGGCCUGAAACCACGGUUGGCAUCAAAGGCAGAAUCUUAGAGAGAAGAAAUGGAAGAUGACGGAGAUGCAUUUUGGAGCACCCCUGGUACUCAGCACACACCUGCUUACCUAAUGCAUCACUGUGACAAAAGCCACGUGCAUCAUCAGUAUCUUUGCUUGCCACGGAAAAGGUGUUUUUGGAAGAUGUGGGUAUAAUGGGGAUUGCAUGAUUGCUUUAAACCAAAUCAGAACGGUGGUGGAUUUUUUCUCGUUUUUAGAUUUGCCUGCAGUUGCCUCAUGAAACUACUCUCACCUGUUACAGGUGUGCUCCCUUAAUGAUGAAAAGAUAAGUGGGUGGCACCAUCAGCGGGAAAAUGUUGGAUCUGUCCUAGGUUAUAGUAGAUGCCAGUAUUGCAUGCAGUCACUUCUCUUUAAGCUGCCUGGACUAUAUCCUUUAAGUUAGUCUGCCAGGCUAUUCAAAUCUUUGGAUCAGAAAUUUUGAAAAGCAGUGCUGUUGACCAUGGGCACUGGAGAUUUUUGCUGCACAAUCCCUAAAGUUACUAUUCAGUGCUUUGUAGUAACACCUUUGAAAAAGUUAGACAUUCUAGACUCCUUUUGGUAAUGGAAAGAAACAUUCCCUUAUAAAGCCUCAAGCUCCUAUAGAUUAUCCUAAAAAUUAUUGUUGAAACAUUUUGUGAUGAGAACCAAGUUACAGGGAUGAAAGCAAUCAGUAUUUUGGAAAAAUACAUAUGCUUCUCUAUCUCUUAUAAGGGGAAAAUUUUACCUAAACACAUUAAGACUACCGGAAAGAUAUAUUUUAAGAGGUGCAUUAAUUAGAUAGUAAAUUUAUAGGAAAAUUAUCUGACUAGUAUCUUAAGGCAUUUUCAAGUCUAGCAAUUUCUUUAUAUCUGAGUGCACAUAUAUUUUUAAAUGCAGCUCCCCAAACUAAUAGCUGCUUAUUCUAUUUUGUGAAGGGAUUAUAUUUUUUUGAGAAAGGAAGAUCUUGGUUAGAUAUAUUUUGUGAACCCUUGAUGAAGCAUAUUAAAAGAUCCCAAUAUUGCUGUAGAAUUUGUUUUCCUAUGUUACUUUUCAUUGUUUCCCUACUUCGCUGACAUUUCUGU